AUGAAUCAAACUCCAGCAUUACUCAAAUCUUUCAUCUUAUCUGUCACUCCAAAACUCAUCCGUUAUGCUUCCACUGCAUCUACACCAGCACAUACUAAAAGAGUUGCAGUUCUGGGCGCAAGUGGUGGCAUCGGACAACCACUCUCUCUCCUAUUGAAACUCAGUCCAUUGAUAAGUGAUCUAUCUCUCUAUGAUAUUCAACAUACAAAAGGUGUCGGUGCUGAUCUCAGUCAUAUUGAAACACGAGCCAAAGUCAAAGCUUAUGUUGGCAAAGACGAAUUAGCAGAUGCAUUGAAAGGCAUGGAUCUCGUAGUUAUUCCAGCUGGUGUGCCAAGAAAACCUGGAAUGACUCGUGAUGACUUGUUCAAUACGAAUGCAACUAUCGUUGCCGAUCUUGUUACUGCCUGUGCAAAGAAUUGUCCACGCGCAGUCAUCGCUAUUAUUGCCAAUCCGGUUAAUUCGACCGUACCAAUCGCUGCUGAAGUCAUGAAAGCACAUAAUGUCUAUGAUGAGAAGAAAAUCGUUGGUGUUACUACAUUAGAUGUUGUUCGAGCAUCAACAUUCGUUGCCGAAGCUAAAGGUCUUGAUCCUACACGAGUUUUCGUUCCUGUCAUCGGUGGCCACUCAGGAAACACGAUAAUUCCACUAUUAUCACAAGUUUCUCCGCCAGUGUCAUUCUCUCAACAGGAAUUAACUACUUUAACGAAUCGAAUUCAAAAUGCCGGCACCGAAGUUGUGGAAGCCAAAGCAGGUGCUGGUAGUGCAACAUUAUCCAUGGCACAUGCUGGUGCAAGAUUCUCUUUCUCAGUCCUUGAAGCAUUGAAUGGCAAAGAAGGUGUUGUUGAAUGCGGUUAUAUCUCUUCACAAGAAACUGAAUUCAAAUAUUUUGCUACGCCGCUUCUUUUUGGUCGCAAUGGUGUCGAGAAAAGUAUGGGCGUUGGAAAAUUAUCGGAAUUCGAAACAAAAUUAAUUGAAAAGGCGAAAAAAGAGUUGAAUGGAAACAUUCAAAAUGGCGUGGAAUUCGCGAAACAAUAUCUCGCUAAAUCAAAAUAA